GGCAGGUCAGAGGCAGAUCGAUAGGCUGGCUAUGGUGGCAGGACGAUGUUGGCCAGAAAGAGCAUCAUCCCCGAAGAGUAUGUGCUGGCGCGCAUCGCCGCGGAGAACCUGCGGAAGCCGCGCAUCCGAGACCGACUCCCCAAAGCCCGCUUCAUCGCCAAGAGCGGGGCCUGCAACCUGGCUCACAAGAACAUUCGCGAGCAAGGACGCUUCCUUCAGGACAUCUUCACCACCUUGGUGGACCUGAAAUGGCGCCACACGCUGGUCAUCUUUACCAUGUCUUUCCUCUGCAGCUGGCUGCUCUUCGCCAUCAUGUGGUGGCUGGUGGCCUUUGCCCAUGGGGACAUCUAUGCUUACAUGGAGAAAAGUGGAAUGGAGAAAAGUGGUUUGGAGUCCACUGUGUGUGUGACUAAUGUCAGAUCUUUCACCUCUGCUUUUCUCUUCUCCAUUGAGGUUCAAGUGACAAUUGGAUUUGGAGGGAGAAUGAUGACAGAGGAAUGCCCUCUGGCCAUCACAGUUUUGAUUCUCCAGAACAUUGUAGGUUUAAUCAUCAAUGCAGUUAUGUUGGGCUGCAUUUUCAUGAAAACAGCUCAGGCUCACAGAAGGGCGGAGACUUUGAUUUUCAGCCGCCAUGCUGUGAUUGCCGUCCGAAAUGGCAAGCUGUGCUUCAUGUUCCGAGUGGGUGACCUAAGGAAAAGCAUGAUCAUUAGCGCCUCAGUACGCAUCCAGGUGGUCAGGAAAACAACCACACCUGAAGGGGAGGUGGUGCCCAUUCACCAACUGGACAUUCCUGUCGAUAAUCCUAUUGAGAGUAAUAACAUUUUUCUGGUGGCCCCUUUGAUCAUCUCUCAUGUGAUUGACAAACGUAGCCCCCUGUAUGAUAUCUCAGCAACUGACCUCGUCAACCAAGACCUGGAGGUCAUAGUCAUUCUGGAAGGAGUGGUCGAAACUACUGGCAUUACAACACAAGCACGAACCUCCUACAUCGCUGAGGAAAUCCAAUGGGGCCACCGCUUUGUGUCUAUUGUGACCGAGGAGGAAGGUGUGUAUUCUGUGGAUUACUCCAAAUUUGGCAACACUGUCAAAGUAGCUGCUCCACGGUGUAGUGCCCGAGAGCUGGAUGAGAAGCCUUCCAUCCUUAUUCAGACCCUCCAGAAGAGUGAGCUGUCCCAUCAAAAUUCUCUGAGGAAGCGCAAUUCCAUGCGAAGGAACAAUUCCAUGAGAAGGAACAACUCCAUCCGAAGGAACAACUCUUCCCUCAUUGUACCAAAAGUGCAAUUUAUGACUCCAGAGGGAAAUCAGAACACGUCGGAAUCAUGACAGCAAGACAAACCCGAGACAGCCUUUUAUUGAAUUUUGAAGGCUCAUUUCGGGCACUCUCAGACUGAACCAGAGCUGAAACAAAAAUUUGUGUUUCUACAUUUUAAUGCACUAAAUAAUAUUCAUAUUCAGAGAACAGGACUUUUUAUAUCAAUAAACAAUUACACUAAAGGUGAAGGAAUCAUGCCUCGUAUAUAUAGUAUUUGCAGUGGUAUGCUUACAUUACAUAUAGGAUAAUAUAUUUCUCUUUUAUCUCAAUUAGAAACAUAAGAAUUACAAUAAUAUUAAUAGAAAAGUUGGCAAAGUAAUGAUUUUGUUUGAAAUGUU